AUGUCGGCCAAUCCUCCAGUGCCUAUCUCGUUCUACGACAUUAUCAUGCGUCCUCCUGUGGAGGAAAACGCCUGCUCCCCUAACCCAUGGAAGACCCGCUAUGCCCUUAACUUCAAACGCUUGUCAUACACCACCACUUGGGUUCACCUCCCUGACAUCGCCAAUGUUCGCAAGGGUCUGGGUGUUCCUGCUUGCCGCAAGUUCGCUGAUGGAACUGACUUUUACACACUUCCCAUUAUCGUGGAUCCCUCCACAGGUGCGAAGGUUGGGGACUCGCUCGAAAUUGCGAUCUACUUGCAGAAGACCUAUCCUGAUGCCGGGGAGGGAGAUCUGUUCCCGGAACAGAAGCUUGACUUCACUGUUGGGCAAGAGUUUUCUAUCCUUAUCCCUCUGACUGCUAUUCCUGAGGGAUGUCCCUAUCCGGAAUAUGCCCGGUUCAACGCACAUGUUGACGCAGCAUUCACUGCCCACGUCGGGCUUGGCGUAGCUGGGUUACCAUUCCAUCCAGACUCUGAGGAAGCCAGCAGGGCGGAGUUUGUUCGCCGUGCAGGAGUGCAAAAAUUCGAGGACUUCAUCGUUGAAGGGGAAGCAAGGACGAAGCUGAAGGAGUCUUUCCGAACUACUCUUAAGGGACUUGCGGAUCUUUUCCAGAGGGACACAUCCGGACCAUUUUUAAUGGGAAAGAGAAUAAGCUAUGCAGAUAUCAUUGUCGGAGCAUGGUUGAAGAUGCUGUCAAUUACACUGAGCAAGGAUGAGUGGGAAGAGUUGAGGGGGUGGCAUUCCGGCGUGUUCGCACAGCUGCAUGAUUCAUUGCAGAAAUACGCUGAGGUGAAGUAG